CUCGUGACGAGUCGAAGCAAUUAUCUUGCAGAAAACAGGUCGCUAGUGCACAACAUGUGAUUAAGAGUCUAGAAGCUGCCUUCAGAACACGCAGUCGAAAUGUGAUUCAUAGUGACACUGGAGUCCCCACUCAAUCUAUGGUUCCAAAUGGCCGACCAUUGCGGAUCGCUAAACGACCACCAGUGUGGAUGAAAAUUAUGUACAUUUAUACGAACUGAUAAAUAACAUAAUACCUCUGUUCCCUCUCUAAUUGAUUAAGGACAGCUGUGCUGUAGCGUGGAAAAUAGCAUUCUGAAGACCUUUUCAGAAUCCUGAACUGCAUGCGUCAGCCUAACAAAAGUGCCAUCCAUCACUUGAUCUAGUCAUCGGAAUGUUUUGUUCUCUUAUUAUUAUAUUGAAAAUUGCAUUGUUUAGCAUGCCAUCCAGUCACUCAUUAUAUUAUGACGUUUAUGCAAAUGGUUGCAAACCUACUAAAAAGUUUUCCUCAACCAAUUUUUAUUAAUGACCAGUUACUAUAAUAUCUUUCUAUAUUACAGCUGUCAUGUGUGGCUUCCUUCAAUCUCCAGACAAUGGAAAUUUGAUAUCUGGAUUACGGCUGUGUAACAGUGUUGCACAAUACCGAUGUGAUUACGGCUACAAAUUGAAUGGAUCAACCAGGAGACGUUGUCAGAGCAAUGGCACGUGGACAGGAAACGAACCAGUUUGUGAACGUAAGGACACAAAGUAUAGACUACACAGAGGUCCGUCUUCUUGUCAGCGUCUUUGAUGUCAGUUAGUGUAACCGGCCGCCAUGUUCCUAGCGAAAUGCGCUAAGGAGAGGCCGUCACCUUCCUCGGAAACAGUCAAAUUGAUAGGCUUGUUUUAGACGUUCGGCGCAGCGCAGGGGGUGAAUGCCUCCCAUUCGCGUACUAACUUGCAGCCGGUAAGGGGGGUUUUGCCGAGUCCGACCUCUGUAUUAUCUAUACUCUGUGGUUAGGCUGGCAUAGAGUAUACUGUAGCAAACAGAUAAUUAUUUCUGACAACUGAAUAUCUAGCAUACAUGUCGUCUAUAGCCACUACAAACGGCUUGGCUGCGGAGUUUUUCAUACCCACGAUAUGUCUCUGUAUAUAAAUCUGGCACUAAACUUACUAACGAUCUUGAGCAGAAACGACAAAAAGGUAAGCUCCAGCCCACUAUUUGGCCCCAUUCUCUAUUGAAUAAAUCAUUCUCGGUAUAACAUUAUUGCGAAAUUUCAGGAACACAAUGCUGUCUAUAAAAUAACUAAAAUACAGCAAAAUAUAUGUAAAUUGUAUGAAAAUUUCCCUAAAAGUUUCUCUAAUAUAAUGGUUUCCAAUAUAUAAGCCUCCAAUCCAGAGCCACUGGGAAAAAUAAGCACGUAGAGGGCUGCUAAAUAGAGGAAAAUUAAUAUGGAAUUAGUGUUUCAAUUCAACGUACGGCUUGAGUCAUUCAACGAGAUGAUGCCAAAAGGUCAUUGUCUUCGCCAUUGCAGGUUUGCAUAAACAUGGACAAAUAACUUUUGCAGAGUUUUCGGACCUUACCUUGAUUGACGAUGUGUCGACUAUGAGUAAGGAUAAUGUUUUUUUGACCAGUUCAAUCCUUAAAGUGAUCUAUAUACUAUAGGGCCAGUAGAUAGUUAAUAGAACAUAGAAAUUUUUGGAGAUGGUAUUUUCGAAGUAAAUUUCUAUACUCUUUAAUAGACCUAACGAUUCGGCCCUGCGAUACCGUUCCGGCGGUCUAACCAAUUAAGCUACAGAAUCUAGUUUCUGAGCAUUACCACAGAUUCCUGUAUAUACUACAAAUACAUGCAUGCAGCAAAUCCCUCCGCUUUGUUUUCCAAACAUUGGUUUAACAUGAAGUAUUAGUAAUCCUUGGGUUUACAACGGUUUUCACGAUUUCUCACAGUAAAUCAAUUCUUCUCAUUUCUUCAAACAAAAAUUGCUUCAAAGCUGUUGUGUGAAACGUGAUUUUCCAAAUAUAUAUAUGCUUUUGAAAAUUGAAAUCUUGCUUAUCCACACUCCUGCAUGGCAAACAGCCAUGUUUUUGAGAUCAGUGAGAAUAGCCACCCACAGUUGGUCACUCACGCCCGCGAUCAUUGAUGAUCUUUCGACUUCGCCAAUGGUUCCCUUUCUCGGGUGUAAUUAGCUUGGCGGAUUUAAUACCCUCGCCCCGUGCUAACGUCAGGAAUGGCGGUCCGCGCCGUUGGCUCGGGGAAAAUGGCGUGUUGGCAUUAGAAGGUAUAUGGUUAAAUGUGGAAUUUUCCAUUGGUUCUCGUAGACGGAAUUUUCGAACCCACAAUUCUAUGCACUUUUAGAUCGCUGCUGCGGAAUCGCAGGGCCGCAAGUUCGAUUCUUGCGAUAGGGCCUGUAUAUACUGUAGUUGCUUUUACGCCAACUGUUCCUGGUUAGGUCUAAACGUGUAUAAAAUUAACGUUCGAAGAUUUUAUCUAGGAAAGCCCAUACCCUAUUUGUUCUGCGAACACGAUAUCCAAAAUCUUGAUGUUUACCCACUGGAAAGUUAAAACUGUUUAUUCUUACAGUAAAAAGCUGUCAAGAUUCAGGCACGCCAUGGAGAGGUAGCAAGAAAGGAAAUCUACAAGUUGGACAAACACUCCACUUCUCGUGUGAUCAGUGCUACCGCCUUCGAGGUAGCAAUACUAUGACAUGUCAAUCUGAUCUAGAGUGGACCGGUCGUCGACCCACCUGCACAGGUGAGCUUCAUGGUUUCAGUUUUGUGUUUUUAGUCUUGAGUUUUCAGUUUUCAGCACUUACCACUUUAGCGCCGAACGACUUCCAUAAAUUGACUGUGGCGAAGGCAUGGCGGCUCUGUGAGACCCAAUUAAGACCUCCAGUACAGUUCUUGUGAAAAUGUGAAAUCCUGGAAAACUAGUGAGGGGGUGCUAUCUCUGGAAUAAUGAUAAGAAAUGUUAUUGGUUUCUGAAUUAUAUAGUCAUUCUUCGAAACUUGUCUCAGAAUGCGAAAAAUGCUGUUUCAGAGAAUACAGCUGAAAUUCAAAAUUUCGGGUUUUUUCGGGGAAAAUUUCAUUUUGCUUUCAUCUUGUACCUUUAAGACUGGUACAGUAUACAGUACAUUUCUGUAUGUCGGCGGGCCUUCAAAUGCAGUGGCGAAGCCAGCUCUGAAUAGUUUGUCCUGCUCCGAGCAGCGAAGGCGCGAGGCCUGCUCGGGGGAUCCGGGGGCAUGCCCCCCGGAAAAUUUUGAAAAUUAGAACCCCGGAAAUGCAAUGUCCUGCGAUUUGGGAAUUGAAUUCUAAGCUCCAAUUUGACCUCAAGAAGCGGCAAAACCUCGCAAAUUUACCGUAUUUUAGCCAAAAAUUACAACUUGAUCACCAAUAAAAAAACCCGAUUCAACACCAUGUUUAAUUUUGGACUGUUUCGCUCAAUGUCAGAGCUCAUCAGCAUGCCUAAGAGUCACUGACAAUUGAUAUUUGAUAAAAUUAUUAAUGUUCAGUGAAUCCGACAUGGACAGUCAAAGCCUGCCAACGCUUUUGUGUGUUUCUUAAAAUUAUAUUUAUAAACCACUGACAUCGGUGAAAACUAUGCAGUGAUCCAGUGGAGUUACGUGUAUAUCUGAAAGUUGCAACUAACUUCCGACAAAGGGGCUUCGCUCAAAACGUCGAAGCUCUGCUUGUAUUUUUCAGGUAGUUGUAUCUCUAUCAUUCCUUAUCUUAUGCAGUGGGGUCACCACAAUGAAGUGAGUAUCUCCCCAAAUAGUACUAGAAAAUGUAAUACUAUAUUUCUAUGGAAGGAAAGUGUAUAAUAUGCAGUGGGGUCACCACAAUGAAGUGAGUAUCUCCCCAAAUAGUACUAGAAAAUGUAAUACUAUAUUUCUAUGGAAGGAAAGUGUAUAAUAUGCAGUGGGGUCACCACAAUGAAGUGGGUAUCUCCCCAAAUAGUACUAGAAAAUGUAAUACUAUAUUUCUAUGGAAAGAAGCAGUGGGGUCACCACAAUGAAGUGGGUAUCUCCGCAAAUAUUACUAGAAAAUGUAAUACUAUAUUUCUAUGGAAGGCCACAAAGUGUAUAAUAUGCAGUGGGGUCAUUACAAUGAAGUGGGUAUCUCCCCAAAUAUUACUAGAAAAUGUAAUACUAUAUUUCUAUGAAAGGAAAGUGUAUAAUAUGCAGUGGGGUCACCACAAUGAAGUGGGUAUCUCCCCAAAUAGUGCUAGAAAAUGUAAUAUUAAUUAUAUUUCUAUGGAUGGAAAGUGUAUAAUGUGCAGUGGGGUCACAACAUUCAUAUUGACACCAGAUAUAACCCUAUAAUAUUAAUCUCGCUCUAGCUAGUUACUAAUUUGGAUACAUGUAUGGUAUUAAACCAAUGGUAUAUUAUGUUUCUAUUUUUUAUUUAUUUAAACUGAAAAUUCAGUCUUUUAGGUUUUACUACAAAUUUUGCUAAAACUAAUUCAUAGAGCUGCUUCUGAUUUUCCUUUUCCUUUCAAAAUAUCUUUAUGUGCUGAAAUUCUACAUAAAGAACCUAAACGCAAGUCAGUCAUAUAGUACUCCGGAGAUAAGACUUAACUCUGCCCAAUCAUGAAAAUGACCUUUCAGCAGAUGCACUUGAAACUGCCAUGACAGCAUUCAGUUUCAACAAUUUCACAAUUUCUGGAAAGCAGGUUUGCACAUUGACUUUAUACAUAUACUUCAAUAGCUCCAUGGGGUUAUCCUUAUGGAAAUCCUUAUCUUUGUAAACAAAAGCCAGUUGAUUUUGAAGGUUUGGAACAUUAAACAAGGGUCCAUACUUCUCAGUCAACUGUUGGAUCUUAUCAGCCGGGACAGUACCAUCAACCCACUGUGGAAUUAUUUUUGGAUUUACCAAAUCAAAAAAACCAAAACACUCAACAUCACGAAAACGAUUCCCUGUCAUAGCAACAAUGUUGUCAAUGACUUCAAAAUAGAGGGAUUUGUAGUUGAUGGCUUGCUCGGACAUUCUCGAAGGGGCACCACCAGCCCGUGUUAGAGCAUCAGCAUGACAUCUCUCAAAUGCAGCAUCAGUACGCAAAUCAUCACAAAGAUAUUUGCUAAAAUCAUGUAUUUUAUCAACUGCAUAUGAAAAAUGAACAGACCUAUUUUGUAGAAUAUCAUACAGAAUGGAUGGAUGACUUUUGCAAAAUUUUAAAAUACAGCUCAAGUAAAAAGCAGAAAAGGAAAGAUUCUAGACUAUGAAGAAGGCUAUCAGCUUUCUCAACUGUUUCAUCAGACCAAUUUUGGGGGUUAUCAGUGAUCUCAGUUAAAGCUAUCUUUAUCACAUCAAAGCCUUAAUGAGAUAUAGCCUUGACAGUUCUUGACUUGUAGUACCACCUUGUUUCUCCUGGAUUAGGAAUAUCAACACCAUGGGCAUUGAAAUGAGCCUUCCUAUCAGAACUAGGCUUACUGAAAGUACAAAAUGCAGAUAUCUUGGAGAAAAACAGUUUAACUUCCUUGAUAUUUAAGGCAGAUUGGCAAAGUACUAGGUUUAGUCUAUGUGCUGCACAAUGGAAAAAGAAAGCAAAGGGGUAAUCUUGACGAAUCAAGGUUUGAAGACCAUUAAUAUGACCACUCGUCACAGCAGCUCCAUCAUAGGUCUGCAUUAUGAGCUUAGAUUUCAAGGAAUCACCACAUUUGUUUAAAACAUUUUUAAUGACCUCACUAAGGGCUGGGGCAGUUCGCCCUGCACUAACAUUGUGAAAUUUCAGAAACCGUUCCACAACUUCACAACCCUUAUCUAGACGAACAAUUACACAAAGCUGCUCCUUAGUCGAUACAUCUAAUGUCUCGUCACAUUGAAUGCUUAUGAACUGACACUCACUAAUCUCUUUAUCUAUUUCAUCCUGAAUGAUGUAAUCUAAACAUGCAAUUAAAUCAUUUUGAACAUCUGAAGAUACACCAGUAACCCCCCACCCCCAAACUCUGGCCUUUCUGUGGCUUCCAGCUUACCAUUUAAACGCCUAUCAAAGACAGAAUCCAAUUUACAAAAAGAUUGCAAGAGCUCUCUAUAAUUGCCCUUAUUGAGGCUGGUGCUGGACUCCUCAUGCCCCUGAAUGCAAGUUCUUGUCUGGCUAAAUACAGCACAGCUUCAGUCAAAUUUUUCAACAUUUCUCUAUUUUGGCUCACUCCCUCAUUGUACCUCUCUAUAGCCUCCCUCCUUGCUCUGGAAAACAGCACAUCUACACUCUCAUGACUACCAACAGUAAAGGUUUUCCAAGUUUUAUAACACUCCAUAUGCGCCCGGGCCCUCUCAUGCUUUUGGCAGUCACUCAAGAAGCUAUGCAUAUUAACAUAGCCAGUAUAGGUCCAAGUAGUUGACUUGGAGUUAAAUAAUAAACAAGGCCAACAAAAGAGGCUUUUCCUUACCUCAUGCACUAGCACACAACCAGUCCUUUCUUGAAUACCAAGACUCUUGAAAACUUCGUUUCCCAGUUUUCAAGAGAAGCUUUGGCAUUGGACGUAGCAUACAAGCUAUAGCCUUUUGUUCACUUUGAUUUCGCGAACUAAAAGACCUUUGUAAGAGAUCCAAAAUAACAUCUCGUGUACUCUCACACGCACUUGGUUGAAUCGCAUUAAUUUCCAUAUUCAUAAAGUAUUUCGCCACCGGAAGAUGAAUAAUUCAGAAGAAUAUUCGAAGGUUUAUCAUUCGUCGAAGCUCGAGCAGGAGUAAAAGGCAUAUUUCAGCGUGUUUUGCAUUCUUGAGAGCUGUUUUAGCCAAUGAAAUGCGUUAGAAUUUUAUGUUUGUCCUGCUCGCCUGAGUUGAGCAGGACUCAACUUCGGGCAAGCCACCCAUUUUUCCUGCUUUUGCCUGCAUGCAGGCAAAGUCUCGAUACUCAUUCAAAAUAAGUUAAAUAACGUUAAUUUACAUAAUGAAUUUCUCUGUUUAAGAAUUUCUGCGCAACGUACUGAAUUAACUAUUAAGUUAAGAAAAUGAAAGAACAUAUGCCAAGCUGGAUAAAAGUGUUUUCUUUUAAAAAUUAUAUGCGUAAAAUAUUCAUUAUCUGAGAUUUUGUAUGUCAUGUUGAGCAGGACAAGCAGGACAUCUGGCUUCGCCACUGUUCGAAUGUGUUGUGGACUCCUGCCAACUCGUUUUUCUUCGAUUUUCUUAUUAAUCUCGAACGCAUAUUGUUAAUUAAAAACCUGAAAUUUCAAAUUCAGUCAUUGAUAGAAAACGUAGCUUCCAGCUUUAGAAAGCUUACGAAAAACUACGUAUACGACAUUUAAACGGUUGCCUUGAGUUUUCAAGCUCUUCUUGAGUUUUUAGCUUCUGAAAACGUGUUUUCAGACUAGUGCCCAGGACUAAGGCGUUUUGGCCUACUUUUCACAUUUUGGAACAGCAAUAAGUUUAACUCGAAGAACGCUUGAAAAAUCAAGGUAAUCGUUUAAAUGUCUUAUAGAGGAUCCUGAAGGGGGGGUCCCAAUCCCAUUUCCCACCUGAAAUUUUGGCAAAAUCCCAGUCCCAGUUGGAUUUUUAUUAGAAAUCCCAGUCCCAGUUAUUGAAAUCCCAGUCAAUAAAAAAAGCCUUUAUUUAUCGGUAGAAUAAACAGUUUUAAGACCUUUUAAGCAAGUGGCGCACACUUUAUGAAAUAUUAAGGGGGGGGGCCUCGUGCCGAAGGCACGGAAAAUUUUUAAAUUUGAAUCCCGCAAAUGGUAUUUGCAGCAUUCUGGGACACGCAUAAUCAGAAAAUCCAGAAUUCCGGGCGCCAGAGUAUGCCUGUUCGCAGGUAGUGCUGUGAAUAAUAUAGUUAACAACAAAAAUCAUGACCAAAUACACCAAAAACGGAUCAAAAUUGUAUUUUAAAAUACUCAAAACGCAGAAGAAUUGGGAAUCGACUCGCAUUACCUCAAUCCCAUUCCCAUUUUCGAGGACUUCAUUUCCCAUUCCCAGUUGCCAAAUCCCAGUCCCAGCAACCCAAAUCCCAUUUUCCCAGUCUAAAAAUAGAUCAAUCCCAGUUCCCAUUUUACCCCUUCAGGGCCCUCCUUAUAGGUAGGUUUUUGUAAGCUUUCUAACGCUGGAAGUAAUUUUUUCUAUUAAUAGUUUUUUCCUGAAAUUUCACGUUUUUAACAAUGUAGAAGUUUAAUAGGAAAAUCGAUGAAAAAUGUGUUGGCAGGAGCCCAUAAACAAGGAAUUUGAACGCCGCCAGCAUAUAGAAAUGUACUUACUAGCCUUAAAGCCACAAGAUGAAGGCAAAAUAGAAUUGCAUCUUGAUCGGGUGAGUUUUUCCCUCCUAUUUAUCUAACUACAUCUGGCAGUUGAGGAAAGUACUUUCUCAAUUGUUGAAACGGUUUGGCAAGUAAAUAAUGUAACUAAGCAUAAUUAGCCUUAGCCUCCUCCGCAGGCCUCUCUAUGGGUUCUAGAAUUAGCCUUGAUGUACUUGGUCACUGAAAAGCUCCGAUGGGGAGUUAGCAGAAUAAUUUAAUAUAUAAUUUCUACACAGUAGUUUUGGUUACAAACAAUUUUUUAAGUCGAAAAAUAUUUUCUGAAUGACUUUUCUGAAUUAUGAAAAUAUUGCUCUAGGGGCACUUUGUUCGUCAAUAGUCUGUAAAGUUAAUAGGAAAUGUACAGUAGAAUUGAAGUACUGAACCGGACACUCAUUUUUAGCUAUAUAUAUAAAGGGACAUAUAUUUUUAAUGGUUAAUUGAUUUUAAUAAAUUGGCAUAAAAGCACUACAUUUAGUGACAAGGAUAAUUAAACAGUAUUUAGUCUUUCUUUAUUAUACAGACAAGAAUGUCCGUGUGUUGAAGUGGCUUACCCGAUUUGCCAGUUUUCGAUGCUGUGAGUGAACCAGCAACAUUGGCCCAAAGAUGGCUAACAUGGAAAGAGGAAUUUGAAUUAUACGUUACGGCUUUGGGGAUUAGCGAGCCACACAAAAAACGAGCUUUAUUGCUUCGUCUUGCUGGGCAUAAAGUGAGAGACAUUUUCAAAAAUUUGAUUCCCAAAGAAAUUCCAGGCGAUGCAAAGGAGUUAUAAAAAAACUCAUGGAGUCCUGUCUGAACACUUUAAAAUGGGAAAGAAUGCCUCGAAGGCUCGACAAACGUUUGUAGCAGUGGAGCCCCAUUAAGCAGGUCAAAAGUUUGAAACCUUUCGUGACUGUACUCGGGCAGACGUCAAGUCCUAGCUCCUUCAGCGAGAAUUGAGAGAUGGUUGUUAUAUUUGCAGCAAUUCCAGUACGAGAUCACAUGUAUACAGUACGAGGGACAGCCGGACAGGUAAUAUAGCAGAUGUCGUAAGCCGCAUACCUGUUGCUCCGAUUGAAGGACGAUGAUUGCAGAGAUAUACCUAUAUGAAUUCCCAUACAGUGUGGCAAGUCAAGCGAUGCCUGUUGUCUUGGCAGCCAAAGAAGUAGAGGCUAUUUUAGCUGAGGAUCUGACAUUGCGACUGGUCCGCCAAGCCUUGACUACGGAUGACUGGAGUGAGCUACUGGGCAAGAAGUUUACUAGACAGUAAAGGAUGAAUUGUCAACUCGUGAUGUGCGGAGACCAAAUAGUUAUUUUCGUACAUGUAGUAUCCAAGGCAUUGUUCUGACUAAAGCUACGUUACGUGAAAAGAUGAACGGACAAACAAAUAGAAGACGCCAUACGUUCCUGUUAUCCAUGAGUCAACGCGUGGGUCCUAUAGAGCUAAGCCAGAGCCUGUCAGGUCGACCGACUUACCCUAAGCUGCAUGGCAAAAAUAGCAAUAUAUCUCCUAGAAAUAAAUAGCUGUAAUCAUCUUUUUGUUGUUGCUGUGGAUUAUUUCUCGUGACGAGUCGAAGCAAUUAUCUUGCAGAAAACAGGUCGCUAGUGCACAACAUGUGAUUAAGAGUCUAGAAGCUGCCUUCAGAACACGCAGUCGAAAUGUGAUUCAUAGUGACACUGGAGUCCCCACUCAAUCUAUGGUUCCAAAUGGCCGACCAUUGCGGAUCGCUAAACGACCACCAGUGUGGAUGAAAAUUAUGUACAUUUAUACGAACUGAUAAAUAACAUAAUACCUCUGUUCCCUCUCUAAUUGAUUAAGGACAGCUGUGCUGUAGCGUGGAAAAUAGCAUUCUGAAGACCUUUUCAGAAUCCUGAACUGCAUGCGUCAGCCUAACAAAAGUGCCAUCCAUCACUUGAUCUAGUCAUCGGAAUGUUUUGUUCUCUUAUUAUUAUAUUGAAAAUUGCAUUGUUUAGCAUGCCAUCCAGUCACUCAUUAUAUUAUGACGUUUAUGCAAAUGGUUGCAAACCUACUAAAAAGUUUUCCUCAACCAAUUUUUAUUAAUGACCAGUUACUAUAAUAUCUUUCUAUAUUACAGCUGUCAUGUGUGGCUUCCUUCAAUCUCCAGACAAUGGAAAUUUGAUAUCUGGAUUACGGCUGUGUAACAGUGUUGCACAAUACCGAUGUGAUUACGGCUACAAAUUGAAUGGAUCAACCAGGAGACGUUGUCAGAGCAAUGGCACGUGGACAGGAAACGAACCAGUUUGUGAACGUAAGGACACAAAGUAUAGACUACACAGAGGUCCGUCUUCUUGUCAGCGUCUUUGAUGUCAGUUAGUGUAACCGGCCGCCAUGUUCCUAGCGAAAUGCGCUAAGGAGAGGCCGUCACCUUCCUCGGAAACAGUCAAAUUGAUAGGCUUGUUUUAGACGUUCGGCGCAGCGCAGGGGGUGAAUGCCUCCCAUUCGCGUACUAACUUGCAGCCGGUAAGGGGGGUUUUGCCGAGUCCGACCUCUGUAUUAUCUAUACUCUGUGGUUAGGCUGGCAUAGAGUAUACUGUAGCAAACAGAUAAUUAUUUCUGACAACUGAAUAUCUAGCAUACAUGUCGUCUAUAGCCACUACAAACGGCUUGGCUGCGGAGUUUUUCAUACCCACGAUAUGUCUCUGUAUAUAAAUCUGGCACUAAACUUACUAACGAUCUUGAGCAGAAACGACAAAAAGGUAAGCUCCAGCCCACUAUUUGGCCCCAUUCUCUAUUGAAUAAAUCAUUCUCGGUAUAACAUUAUUGCGAAAUUUCAGGAACACAAUGCUGUCUAUAAAAUAACUAAAAUACAGCAAAAUAUAUGUAAAUUGUAUGAAAAUUUCCCUAAAAGUUUCUCUAAUAUAAUGGUUUCCAAUAUAUAAGCCUCCAAUCCAGAGCCACUGGGAAAAAUAAGCACGUAGAGGGCUGCUAAAUAGAGGAAAAUUAAUAUGGAAUUAGUGUUUCAAUUCAACGUACGGCUUGAGUCAUUCAACGAGAUGAUGCCAAAAGGUCAUUGUCUUCGCCAUUGCAGGUUUGCAUAAACAUGGACAAAUAACUUUUGCAGAGUUUUCGGACCUUACCUUGAUUGACGAUGUGUCGACUAUGAGUAAGGAUAAUGUUUUUUUGACCAGUUCAAUCCUUAAAGUGAUCUAUAUACUAUAGGGCCAGUAGAUAGUUAAUAGAACAUAGAAAUUUUUGGAGAUGGUAUUUUCGAAGUAAAUUUCUAUACUCUUUAAUAGACCUAACGAUUCGGCCCUGCGAUACCGUUCCGGCGGUCUAACCAAUUAAGCUACAGAAUCUAGUUUCUGAGCAUUACCACAGAUUCCUGUAUAUACUACAAAUACAUGCAUGCAGCAAAUCCCUCCGCUUUGUUUUCCAAACAUUGGUUUAACAUGAAGUAUUAGUAAUCCUUGGGUUUACAACGGUUUUCACGAUUUCUCACAGUAAAUCAAUUCUUCUCAUUUCUUCAAACAAAAAUUGCUUCAAAGCUGUUGUGUGAAACGUGAUUUUCCAAAUAUAUAUAUGCUUUUGAAAAUUGAAAUCUUGCUUAUCCACACUCCUGCAUGGCAAACAGCCAUGUUUUUGAGAUCAGUGAGAAUAGCCACCCACAGUUGGUCACUCACGCCCGCGAUCAUUGAUGAUCUUUCGACUUCGCCAAUGGUUCCCUUUCUCGGGUGUAAUUAGCUUGGCGGAUUUAAUACCCUCGCCCCGUGCUAACGUCAGGAAUGGCGGUCCGCGCCGUUGGCUCGGGGAAAAUGGCGUGUUGGCAUUAGAAGGUAUAUGGUUAAAUGUGGAAUUUUCCAUUGGUUCUCGUAGACGGAAUUUUCGAACCCACAAUUCUAUGCACUUUUAGAUCGCUGCUGCGGAAUCGCAGGGCCGCAAGUUCGAUUCUUGCGAUAGGGCCUGUAUAUACUGUAGUUGCUUUUACGCCAACUGUUCCUGGUUAGGUCUAAACGUGUGUAAAAUUAACGUUCGAAAAUUUUAUCUAGGAAAGCCCAUACCCUAUUUGUUCUGCGAACACGAUAUCCAAAAUCUUGAUGUUUACCCACUGGAAAGUUAAAACUGUUUAUUCUUACAGUAAAAAGCUGUCAAGAUCCAGGCACGCCAUGGAGAGGUAGCAAGAAAGGAAAUCUACAAGUUGGACAAACACUCCACUUCUCGUGUGAUCAGUGCUACCGCCUUCGAGGUAGCAAUACUAUGACAUGUCAAUCUGAUCUAGAGUGGACCGGUCGUCGACCCACCUGCACAGGUGAGCUUCAUGGUUUCAGUUUUGUGUUUUUAGUCUUGAGUUUUCAGUUUUCAGCACUUACCGCUUUAGCGCCGAACGACUUCCAUAAAUUGACUGUGGCGAAGGCAUGGCGGCUCUGUGAGACCCAAUCAAGACCUCCAGUACAGUUCUUGUGAAAAUGUGAAAUCCUGGAAAACUAGGUUUGGGGGUGCUAUCUCUGGAAUAAUGAUAAGAAAUGUUAUUGGUUUCUGAAUUAUAUAGUCAUUCUUCGUAACUUGCAUGUCUCAGAAUCCGAAAAAUGCUGUUUCGGGGGAAAUUUCAUUUUGCUUUCAUCUUGUACCUUUAAGACUGGUACAGUAUACAGUACAUUUCUGUAUGUCGGCGGCCUUCAAAUGUGUUGUGGACUCCUGCCAACUCGUUUUUCUUCGAUUUUCUUAUUAAUCUCGAACGCAUAUUGUUAGUUAAAAACGUGAAAUUUCAAGUUCAGUCAUUGAUAGAAAACUUAACUUGCAGCUUUAACCAACUAAACGUUUACCCUGUGAAUAAAUAACUCCAACCGUUGCGAAUAUUGAGAUAACACAGGAGCUGGUUUGUCAAGAAAUAUCCAAACUUAAAUGAAACAAGGCAACAGGCCCUGAUGACAUUAGUCCGAAACUGUUAAAGCUAGCUGGUGAAUCUGUGGUGCCCUCGUUAACGUCCAUUUUUAAAAUCAGCGCACAUACAAAUUCAGUCCCAGAUAAAUGGAAGAAUGCUAAUGUUACAGCAGUUUAUAAGAACGAUGACGAAGCGGAAAAAGAAAACUAUCGCCCUAUUUCCAUACUUUGUAUCCAUGCAAAAAUAUUGGAAACUUGUGUUACGAAAACAACGAUUAACCAUCUUGAGGUCCACAACCUCAGCAGUAACUACCAAUGGGCACAUAAAAAAAGCCACUCUACAGAGAUGUUGUUAAUAAAAAUGACUGAAACAUGGAGACGAGCCCUUGACAACAAAUAAGUCGUGGGUAUAAUCUUUAUCGAUUUUAAGAAGGCCUUCAACUCAUUUGUCAUCAUAUCCUGUUACAGAAACUACAAGCUUUAGGAAUAAGUGGGGAUAUCUCGCUCUGGAUAAAAGAUUAUCUCCAGGACAGGAAAAUGUCAACGAUUGUAAAUGGGUCAAAAUCGAAUUCAUGUCAAGUUAAAUUUGGAAUACCGCAGGGGUCGGUUUUAGAGCCGAUCCUCUUUUCAGUGUUUUGUAAUGAUCUUCCUGAAAUUAUGCAAAUCGAUGAUGGAGAGAUUGAAAUGUUUGCUGAUGAUACCACCAUAUAUGUGAUUGGACCAAACCCCGAUAGUGUUGCAAGUAUCCUCAAUGAAAUGUUACGGAAAUUGGUGUUUGAAGAACUUAUUGAUGGUUCACACUGGAAAAACAGAAUAUAUGCUGUUGGAGUGUGCCCGGUUCAUCGGUCCAUUGCAGCAAAUCAAACUUGAUGAGUCUGUCAUUAAAUUGGUUAACACAAAAAUAUGUCUAGGUUUAAAAUUGGAUUCCGGCCUCAUAUGGGACGUUCAUGCCUUGGAAGUAGUUGAAUGGUUCAAUAAGAAACUAAAACUGCGUAAAUCGUUUCAUUUUCUACCUCUGCAAGCACGUCUGGACUUCUAUUUUAAGGUUAUUCUGCCAUCAAUAACUUACGGAAUUUUAAUCUGGGGAUCCGUUGGAAAAACGAUAUUUGACAAUUUGGAAAGAAUUCACAUCAGGGCAGCACGACUAAUCUACCAGUAUGCCUGGGACAUACCCAGGGGCGCAAAUGACGGGGGUGUGGGGGUGUGACCCCCCUCCAAUAUUUAAACAUUCGGUCCUGAUGGUUAUUAUAAAGUCUGUCCCAAAACAAAGCCAGAGCCCGUUUUAUGCGCGAUCCAAAAGGCGCGAUGGGAGGCUAUGGUUAAAUCACCGAUUUGUAUGGAACAUUACGGUAAUUAUAGUUCGACAAAACAUCUCUAACGUUUACUAUAUUUUGCAUGCGUGCUAUUUUGUCGGAACCAAUUGCGAGCAGUUAUAUCUACACACGAGGCAUAGGUGUACAGGAAGGAAAAAAUUAGGGGGCAGAAAGAAAUUUGCCCGACUUGUCAAACAAAAUUUUCCGUGCAAACCUUUCGUCAGAAAGUGAAGGAUAAAGAUAUAGAGGGGGCACUUCAGCUGAGGAAUCUUUCUGUCACUCGUGGGUUGCUUGCUCAGAGUCAAUUGUGGCAGUGUACUGCCCAUAUCUAAGGCAGUUGAGUUAGACGUCUUUCUUUUGAAUUACUGAUCAACGCCGCAUUGCACAUACCAGUACUAGCGCAGCAGAGCUUCUAUUCAAUCGAAAAAUUGCCGCCAAUGACCCUAUGUUCUCAGAUGAGGAGGAUAAUCAUGAAAAAGCUAUCAACAACGACUCGAAGAAAAAGGAAAAGAUAAAACAGUAUAUAUACAGAUAAACAGAAUCAUGCCACGAAAAUCAAUUUUGAAGUAGGAGAUGACGCCUUAGUCCGACAGCAAAAGAAAAAUAAACUUUCUACAUCUUUCGGUAAAACGCGAUACAAAAUAACAGAAAUAAAAGGAACAAUGAUCACUGCAACUAGUGAAGAUAACAUUAACUGCAAACUUACCAGAAAUAUUUCAACAUUUAAACGAAUUCUGAAGUCAAAAGUGGAACAGCAAGAUCAAAGCAUCCAUGAUCUUGAUGAUGUUCUGCCUAACAUGGAACUGCCGCGUAGGUAUCCCAAUCGGAACAGAAGGAGUCUGGAAUUUUAUAAAUAGUUCACCGAUAAACAGAAUUACAAACCUAAACAAAGUUGAGGUACAAUUUGUUGAGUUGUUAAUUACAUAUGUUCUCUUCUAAAAAAUAAGGGAGGAAUGCAUUAUUGUAACGUGGACAAUGUCACAUGACAAGAAAAAGGACAUGCGUAGGACGGGAUGGUAAGGAAAUCGGGAUUGUAUUGUAUGGUUCACAAUGUAUGUUUUGGGUUUAGUUACAAAACAACGACGUUGUAGCUUCCCCCCCCCCCCCGCCUUCCAAUGGAGUUGAAUUAAUUUUUGGAAAAUUAGUCUCUGAAAUCCUGAAUUGGACAGCCCCAGUUGCUAUCAUAUUUUACUGAAAUUACAGCAUCACUGGCAAGAAUUCCCUGAGUAUAAUGUACCAACAGUCACUCAAAUUUUGCGUACGUUUACUGUAUGUGCAAAUUGUUUACUCAAUUUACUUUUAGUAAAAUUUCGAAUUUAUUAAAUCUUUUGGGUUUAAUUAAGAUUUACUUUGCUGAAAAAAGAGAAUGAGCUAACUUGCUCAUAAAUUUGAAUAACUUUACUCAAUAUUAUGAGUCACUUUGGGUGAAUUAUUUUUCGCAAGAAUUUUUGAAUCAAACUUUUUUGCAGUAUUCACUGUUUUACAAUAUUUAGCUGUGCAAUGCAGCUGGUUACGUCAUCCUACAAAUGGAAGAAUAGUUGCAUAUUCAAGGUACUGCGGAAGAGAACAAACAGAAUUUAUAUGUUUUCCUGGCUAUCAGUUAAGAGGUACAAGAAGAAUAACUUGUCAGAGUGACGGAAGCUGGUCUGCAGCGAGUCCAACCUGUGUCGGUAAGUUUUAAUUUUUAAACGUUUCUUUCAGUUCUAGUUCUGUUUACUUCGAUCCCUCUUG